GAGUAAAUGUGAACGCAGCCUAGAAAGCAGAGUUCAGUUUCAAUGACAUAUCGAAUAUAGAAUUUAUCUACAACUGACUACUGACAUGACGUUUAACCCAAUUUGACUUUGACGUUCCUUUUAUGUCAACAAGUUCUCCCUGUGGCAUCUUAAAAACGUUUUCCGUAACUCUAUAAAAACGUAAAGAUGUCGGGAGGUUUAGAAGUUCUCAGCCUUAAAGAAGAGGAUGUGACGAAGAUGUUGGCCGCCGGUACCCACUUGGGUACCCCAAACGUGGACUACCAAAUGGAACAGUACGUAUACAAGCGACGUGCUGAUGGUGUGCACAUUAUUAAUCUCAGGAAAACAUGGGAAAAGCUUCUCCUAGCCGCACGAGCCAUCGUCGCUAUUGAACACUCCAGCGAGGUUUUCGUUAUCUCUUCGAGACCCUAUGGACAGCGUGCUGUGCUGAAAUUUGCUGCCCACACUGGUGCUACACCCAUUGCAGGAAGGUUCACUCCUGGUGCAUUCACCAAUCAGAUCCAGGCAGCUUUUCGUGAACCUCGCCUUCUGAUCGUCACUGAUCCUGCCUUUGACCACCAACCAAUCACUGAAGCCUCCUAUGUCAACAUUCCAGUCAUUGCUCUCUGCAACACUGACUCACCUUUGAGAUUUGUUGAUAUUGCUAUACCAGGCAACAACAAGGCCCCACACAGUAUUGGUCUAUUAUGGUGGCUUCUGGCUCGUGAGGUGUUGCGUCUUCGCGGCACCAUCACCCGUGACACCAAGUGGGAUGUAGUGGUAGACCUCUUCUUCUACCGUGAACCUGAAGAAGCAGAGAAGGAGGAACAAGCUGCCAAAGAAGCUGUAGCUGCAGUCGUUAAGCCAGCUGAGAUCCCUGCUCCACUGGAUACUCAGGAUCUGGACUGGACCACAGCAGAGCCUGCCGAAUGGGCCCCAGAGCCACCUGCAGUAGCCCCUGCUGCUCCAUUAGCAGGCGCAGCCCCAGCCUUCCCUGUUGCCACGGACGAUUGGGCUACUGAAGUGGCCCAGGAGCAGUGGACCAAUCCGCCCCAACAGGCAGCCACAACCAACUGGGGUGCUUCCGCUGACUGGGCUUAAAUUUUACUUUCUGACGUGUGAUACACAAAAUUUUGUAUCAAUAAAAAAAGUUAUCUUGAAUUGUUUUUUCAUCAUGCAGAUACCACAAAACAAAAAUUGUAGAGUAGAAUCCCUACUCAUAUUGUAAUUCAUAUAUUACGGGCGUGUGGAAUAAAACACCGG